AUGAGCCUAAAAUUGAUAGCCAUCAAUUGUGUUCUUCUGGCCAUAAUUGUGGGCGAGGUGCAGUCGGCAGUUACCACAGUGCGUCCAUAUAAGUUUGGCUUUACCAUCGAUGAGCAGCAGCAUCGGGCCGAGAAGAGAGAUGAACGAGGCAUUGUUAUGGGUGAAUUUGGAUUCAUCACUGCCGAUGGCAUUUAUCAUGUUACGGUCUAUGCCACAGAUGAGGAUGGCAAAUUUCGUAUAAUAUCAAUGAAAAGUUAUCCAUAUGCGGGACCAUUAGCAGUGCCAGCUAUAACAACGACAACAAGUACCUCGACAACGACAAAGGCCACACCACUUCAAGCCAGUUUACCUAAAUAUAAUUUCAAUACGGAAGCCUGUUCAGGUUGUUUCUUGAAGAAAACUCCAGUGCCAACACCAGUGCCCAAGACCGAAAUUCGUACGCUAUCACAACCGCUGCCACCAUCAGCUGAGACAGAUGAUUUUCCAGAUAAACCAUCUUCGUCUGGUGUGGCAGCACCAGCAUUAACUGGAACUGUGGGCGCGAAUACACAAACCGCAGCCAAGACACCAAUCACAUCAGCAGUGACAGCAACCAGAAUUGGAAGUCCCUUGAGUGGAGGAAGUCCAGCAAAUGUGGGUGGCAGUCGUUUGGGUGGUGGAAAUUCAUUGGGUGGAACUAAGCCUGGUGCUGGUACAAAUGGUGGUCCAUCAAGUGGAGGUAGUCCUGUGGGUGGAGCAAAUGGAAAUCACUUGGGUGGUGGUGGUUCAGCAGGAGGCAAUAGACCGACAAGUGGAAUCAGUGCUGGCAGUGGUGGCAGUCGUGGAGCCAGUGCCACCAUAUCGAAUGAAACCGGUGAUCUAUAUAAAUUCAAAUACUUGCUCGACUAUAAUGGCCACGAGGAGACGGGCAGUCGCAAUGGUGACAAACAGGGCAAUUACUUUGCCAUUGGCGAGGAUUCCGUGCUCAGGACCAUUGAGUAUAUAGCCAAUGAGUUUGGUUACCAACCUCAUGUCAGUUGGCAAAAAUUGGAUACCAAGGAUGCCCAAGCCUUGCCCGAGGAGAAUUCCCUCAAACACUACGAGUUCAAGUGGUUUAACAAGGCAGAAUGAAGAAUUUCAACAAAAUAAAUUGUAAAUAUAUAAUAACUAA